AUGAAUCUUCCCAACCUAGCUCCGCUGCUACUUUGCACUCUUGCCAUCUGUAACUCUGCUCUCGCGUGGGGCAACCUCGGUCAUCGCACGGUCGCCUACCUCGCCAGUCUCUACCUGACCCCGGAAGCCACCACCUUCACCAACCACCUCCUCAACGGCCAAGACAUCAGCGAAGCCGCUCUCUUCCCAGACAAGAUCGCCCACAUCCCCAGCUUCGCCUACACACGGGGCUGGCACUACAUCGACGCCAACGACGACCCGCCCCGCACCUGCGGCAUCAACAUGACGCGCGACUGCCCGUCCGCCGCGCCUGAGGGCUGCGUCGUCUCCGCCAUCGCCAACCACACCGCGCGCGUCAUGGACACCGAUUUGACCCGCUUCUUCCGCGGCCAGAGUUUGCGCUUCGUGCUGCACUUCGUCGGCGACAUCCACCAGCCGCUGCACACGGAGAAGGAGGAUCGGGGGGGCAAUGGUAUCGAGGUGGUGUUUGAGGGGAAGCGCACGAAUCUACAUAGUGUGUGGGACACGCUGAUUCCGAAUAAGUAUCGAAAGAGGGAGGAGUGGGGUGGAGGAGGGAGGGAUAGUGAGGAGGAAGCGGCGUUUUUGUGGGCGCAGGAGUUGCAUGCUUCGGACGAGGAUCAGGGUGGAUUGGACGGCGAGUGUGCGGAUGAUGCGGCGGCGUGUGCGCUGGAGUGGGCUGGCGAGGCCAACACGUAUGUGUGUCGCUAUGUGCUGAAGGAUGAUGUGGAGGGUGUUCAGGGCAUGGAUCUGGCUGGUGGCUACUAUGAUGGGGCGACGGACAUUGUGGAUCGCAUGAUCAGGAAAGGUGGGAGACGGCUGGCUCGAUGGAUCAAUCUGAUGGCAGAAGCUGAUGCAAAGGUUGGUGAGAGUCGGGAGGAUGAAUCUCUGGUGGUGCAGGACCUGUGA